GGGCGGCGCCGGUAGGCGGGGGCGGCGCGCAGGCGCGGUGCGCGGCCGGGGCCCGAACGGGCGGGAGGGAAGGCGGCCGCCGGGGUUCCCAUGAGCAGGCGCUGCCUGCUGGCCGCCACCUCGCUGCUGCGGGGGCUCGUCGCCCCCGCCGCCCUCUGCCUGGGCAAGAGCAUGAGCCUCUGCGGGGCGCCGGCCGCCUGCGCCGCGGGGCCUGCGAGCGGCGGCGGUGCGGGCUUCUCCUCAGCGCGGCUGAGCCCGCCCUGGCUGCGGCUGCCUGAGGUGCCGGGCGCGGAGCCGCAGCGGGCCAACGAGCUGCUGCUGCUGCUGCCGCCGGCCCCGCGCGGCCCGGCCCCGCCGCAGCAUCACGUCGUCUACUUCCCCGGGGACGUGCAGAACUAUCAUGACAUCAUGUCUUGCCACCCAGAAAACUUUCAGUGGGAGCACUGGAGUUUUGAAAACGUUGCUACCAUACUUGCUCGCCGGUUCCCUAAUAGCUUUAUUUGGGUUGUAAAGUGUUCUCGAAUGCACCUGCACAAAUUCAGCUGUUAUGACAACUUUGUGGCGAGCAACAUGUUUGGAGCACCAGAGCACAGCACUGACUUUGGAGCUUUCAGGCAUCUCCAUGCGUUGCUAGUUAAUGCAUUCAAACUCUCUCAGAAUAUUCUGCUGUCCCAGAAAAUUGUGCAUGGUGUCGGCAAAGAUGCAAAAAUAGCUGCUUGUAAAAUACAGCCACAGUCUGUUCCUGCAACAAAUGGCUGCUCAUCCACAGAAGGAGAGAGAGACUGUGAAUGCUCUAAUAAUUCUGCUAUGAACGUCAUUAUACCGUCUGCUGUAGGUGCAGUGUCGUUCACUUUGAUUGGCUUCAGUAAAGGUUGUGUGGUUUUGAACCAGCUGCUUUAUGAGCUGAAGGAAGCUAAAAAAGACAAGAAUACAGAUGCCUUCUUAAAAAACAUAAAAGCAAUUUACUGGUUGGAUGGUGGUCACUCAGGAGGAAGCAAUACUUGGGUUACUUACCCUGAAGUGCUGAAAGAACUUGCACAGACAGGAAUUGAAGUUCAUGCUCAUGUUACGCCAUACCAAGUCUUUGACACAAUGAGGUCAUGGAUUGGGAGAGAGCAUGAGAAAUUUGUCCAGAUACUUGAAGAUUUUGGUGUGGAUAUAAAUGAUCAACUACAUUUUGCUGAUGACGUUCCCUCCUUAGAUAACCAUUUCAGAGUUCAUGAAGUAUUCUGAGACUGUAUGUAUCUGAAUAGUAUAUUAAUUGUGAAAGCACUUUUGACACUGUAAAUGUUGUCAUCUAGAUUUACAACUUUGAGCAGAUGCUUUCUGAAGAGAAGACUAAAUCAGUCCUGUGUUGCUGAUAGAUACUCUAUCUAAAUUUUGGUAGCUUAAGGAGGAGGAUUGGGACCCCAUACCUAAAAAAGCUGUUGUCAUUUGAUUCCUGGAAAAAAGUGUUAUGAAGAACUAUCCUGUACAUGGUUUUUUGUUAAAUGUGAACAUUUAUUGUCAACCUGUUGGCAAAAUUUUUAGUCCUGGAUGUCUAGCAUCAUGUACUGCCUUUAAUGGGAGUUUAAAGUACAGUACUCAAGAUUUUGAAACAUCUGGAUACUUCAGUUUAGUAGCUUCCAGGGUUAAAAGCUUUGGUCUUUGACAAUAACAGAUAGAACAUUAGUUUUUUGGCUUAAGGAAAAUUAUGAUUGCUAGAACAAUCUUAUUUAUGUAUUUCGGUGAAAAUUGUUUUAAUUAGUUAAUUAAAUCUUCCAUUUUUGUAAUAUUUCUCCUAAUUGAAACAAAGUCACAAAUACUUACCUUUGGAAUAAUAGUGCCAAUCCAUUUUUCUUCCUUAUGUGCGCCUUGCCCUUUCUGUGGCUAUAAAGUUUCAUUAAUUCAUUAUGUAGUAUCUGCUAGUGAAUAGCCAUUUCACCUGGGGACUUGAAAAUUUUGACAUAGCUAUGUUAAGUGACCAAGAAUGUUGAUGAGGGUGUAGUUUCAACACAUCUUGCCAUUGCUUUGACUAACUUCUGUAAGGACCAGCAGUAAUAUCUGUAUUUUCAAGUCAAGAGGUGUCUUUAUCCCUGACUUGGACUGGUGAGGUUUUUCCUGAUAAUUGCUGCAUUGAUGUUGAUCUAAGUUGAGCCAUAAGUCCAUAACGUAUUACAAGUUGCAUAAAAAUUUUUAGACUAUGUUGACUGUAGCUGUUUCAAAAUGCUUCCGUUUUCAGAAGUAUUAUCUCCUUUAAAUGCAUUGCAGUAGUUGCUUCUAGAGCCACCCAAAACCAAUUUUCAGAGCCUAAUUUUUCCUACGGGGUGAGGGUGGGGGGGGAACCUCUAAAAAUAAAGCUGGGCAAAUCGGAUACAAAAGAUGUAAUCUAGUUCAGGCCCCAAACCUGAAUGUUUUUCAGAAUUACUGAAAGAUGGACAACUGAGGGUAUUAGUGGAACUUUUCUACUGUUGUAACUAACUUUUUCCAUUUAUCCAUAAAUAAAUCUUAGAAUCACUCUUAAAGACAAGUGCAGCUAUUAACAGUGAACCAGUAGCUUUAAAUGGUUUUGGAUUUCCUUGAAGUAUAGGAAUACAGAAGCAAGUUAGCAGAACACUGGAGAUUACACAAUGUGGCUUAGUUCUGAAAAAAAGGCAUUUUAUUCAACUGUGUUCCUAUGUUUGAUGCCUUAGCAACAUCUCCCUGCUUCUUGCUUCCUGUGGUUCUUACACUGUGGAGGGCAAGUCCUGGGUCAUCUUUCUUCUAUUGGCAUCAUUAAAACUUACAAGGUUCACUGGAGACAGUAUUUUCACAACUCUUGCAGAGGUUGUCCACAUGUUGGUGAUCGCUGAAGAAUGAGAAAAGUGUCUUGAACUCUUAAGAAAAUUUUUGUAAUACUCAAAAUAUUAAGGGCAGUGGGAUUAUGCAUACAGUAUGCACCUUAAAAUGUGGAUGGGAACUCUGUUGCUGGUAAUAGUUAGACUAACGUAUCUAGUUGAUCAAAAGGGGAUAUAAGCUAUUUUAAUGAUGGAGAAACAGUGCAACAAUGCAAACUAAUUCUAACUUUUUAUAAAAAGAAUCUGAAAUCUAGUUCCAUCAGCUUUUUUAAAAAAAAUGUUUCUUGGAGACUUUGUUCAACCCUGUUUAUUGAUUACCUUCUUAAUGGGCUUACAACAAUUUGCUUAUGUGUUCCAAGGAAGGCUGUUGCCCUUUUUCGGUCCUUUUGAUAGCAGUUGCACCAUAUGUGAGGACUUUUUUCUGUAAAGGAAAUAUGGGUCACCUAAUAGUGUUUUUAAUAGAAAGCCUACAAAUUGCUUGAAAUAUCUUUUAUUAUAAAGUAAAAUUUUAAAAAAUAAACAACAGAAAACCCCAAACACCCCACUAAUCUUGCUCCCUCUCAUUUCAGUUUCAGACUGACCAGGCUAACUUGAGUAUGCUAAAACUUGACCUAUCCAAUAGCAGUGCAGAUCACAGACCAAUUUCUAAACAAUUCUGUGCCAGCUGAAACAGCAGGAGUAAGUUGUUGCAAGCUUUUGGAAACAGUAAAAUAGUGACAUUGUCUUCAGAAGUUUCUGGAUGGCUCUUGUAUGAAACUAAUAUUAACCUGUUUGAUGUAGGCUGCUUACAAUAACUAUUAAAUAAAAUAGGCUCAAGUGUUGCUGUAUUAAUUUGAAGAAUAAGCACUUUGUUGUAAAAUUGAUCUUGUUUUGAGACUUCAUGUUGUGGAGGGAAGACCAGUUGGUUUUCAUUCUCUGAACAGUUGUAGUACUCUGCUGGAAUGUGCCUCUGUCAUUCACUACAAUGCAUGCUCAAAAUAAGUUUUGCAAACAUGUAGAAAAUAAACUAUUUCUGGUGGGUGAAACCACUUUGAUGUGAAUGUAAAACCAUUAAAAAAGGAAUGUGCAGUUAAGUUUUGUGGAUUAAGCUUUAUCAGGUGUUUGUGAAGACCUAGUUUUAAAAAAAAACAGAUUUAUUUGAUAGCUUUUCUUCAAGGCAGGCGUUGUAUUUGUGUAGUCAGCAUCUGUAAUGCUAAAACAGCUUACUGGCAUCUUGCAUACAUGGGAAAGCUGGCGCGAAAUACUCAAGGGUGUGAACAUUUCUGAGUUAUGGGCUGUAGUUUGUAUAUGCCUGCUUUUCAACAUUAACUGUAAAGUGGUUUUUAUUAAGCUUAGAUGUCAAUGCCUAAAGUUAGUGAUUCUUGUCCUUACUAACACUGGUUUAGUUCAAGACGUUUCUGUUUUUCAAUGGAGUGAGCAACAUUACACAGUACUUAGUACAAUGUAGGAUGUAAUAUCUGGUAUUCUUUAUAUUACAAACUUGUUUCUUGUACAGUAGACAAGAUAUUCUCCAGAUUGUGAGAAAUGCUAAAAUGUUCUAAGCUAUGCCUGUUAAAUUCCUUUAAAACAGGGUUCUGUUCUGUGAAAUUGUCCAGAUUCUGUAUGACUUAAAUGAUUUUAUUUUGUGUGCAUCUUAAAUACUAGAAACUUGGGUAGCCUUCUUCCUAUCUAGGACUAAUUUAAUCACACCUCUGUAAAUGCUACUGCGUAAAUUAGUAUCAGCCCCUAAUUUGGAAGGUGAUUAAGGGUCCAAAUCUUAACGCAUUGCUGAAAGGAGCAAUCUUUUCUGUCCUCCCAUUGAUAACAUCCUGCUGCCUCCCUUAUGGUAGCACAAGCACUUUAUCGUGAGCUAUUCUAUCUUACUGAAUUAACAUUGUUGCUGAUUGAGAUAACUAACAGGAGUGCUAUGUAAUGAAAUAUUCAUAGAAAUUAUUUUAACUAAGACUGCAAAGUCAGUUCAGGAGUUAGGAUGUUACAGCUGUGGGUAUUCGCAGAUAAAAAUGAUUGUGCAUGAUCAUGUGCUCAAGUUUUCCCAACAGGUCUGUUUUGAUCUAUUUGCAGAAAGAAAAUGUCACCUGUUUUUACCUCCCUCUUAUGGUGCUUUUUACAAUGCUGUCUUUCCUAAGCUAAUAGUUACUUCACUCUCUCUCCAGAUAAACAAUAUUUGUUGUCUGAAAGUUGAGCACUGAGGUUAAAGUAUACUCAUCCAUUUACCUUGAAUGCUUAUUUUAAACUACAUGGGGUCUUACUAGUUAACAUAAGAGAGAAGUUAAAGAACAGUAAAAACUUCGGAGUGUGUGUGCUCUGUUUGCGAGCCACUAUUUUAUGUACAUCACUGCCAAGCAGAAUCCACAAACAUGAAUUGUGUGUCUGUUGUCCCUAUGGAAUACAAAAGCAAAGGCGGAUGUCUCAGGCUGCAAUCCACAAGAGACAGUCUCUUCAAAUCACCUUCUGAGUUACUUCUUCAAAAUCUUUUUAACCUUAUAUUGAAAUCUCAUUUCAUUUUUUAAAAAGAUGGUAGAUGAAAGAAAAAAAUAUUUACUUUUGGUGCUCAUAACCUGAUGAAAAUUUAGACACAUUUAAAUGUUGCUGAUGGAGACCCUAAGGCCUUGCAAGGCUGGCUUUCUGUUGGUCUUGCUGAUCUCUUAACUCUGUUCAGAUGCAAGGUGACUGUUCUUAACUCGAUUAAAAUGACAUGAAGUCAUUAAGCAAGUAGUCCACUAUCAUAGAACAUCUCUGUGGCAGAGACAGGUGCUGCUUCUCGCAAUGCCAGACAUACUGAUUCUGACUAAAUUCAUGCUAUCGGUAUUAACAGCAUAAUUCACUCCUGCUGACAAAAAAAACACUUGCACAGGAUUAGCUGUUCCACAUCAUUGUAGACACCACAAUAAAACUGAUUCAGGCAUUCAUUUUGCACGUAGAGUAGAGCGAGUUAUAAAGUAGCGAUGGCUUUGUCGUCCUUUCCUGUCAUGAGGGCUUCAUUACAUGUUUCCAAGUGACCCAAGAAGCGCUGAAUUCUACUUAAGCAAAUGACCAGAAAAGCACCUGGUAGAACAAAAGGGAAAAAUAUAUUCUUAUCUGUUUUUCAUUCAUGUGUAUAAACAUCUCAUGCUCUUGAAAAGGAGCAAAAUGCCAUUACUUCAAGGUUCAGAACAAAUUUUCCUUCCUUUAGUAAGCUUUCAGAGAGCACUUGCAGGCAUGAUUGUUAGUUUUCUUUGUUAAACUUGGCACUUCAGAGCUGAGCUGUUUCUAAAGAAAGCACUGCUGCAAGACACAGAAAACCCUCUGGAGACAUACCAAUGCUGAAGUGCAGAACAAGGCUCUUCACAUCUCCCACACCAGAGUUUGCCCUCUAAGCAAUACUCCCAAGCCUGGGUGUCAGAUAAAGCUAUUGCAUCCAUUACAGGCUAUCUGUAUAGCUCUUCUUUCUCGUUCCCAUCGUGAGAAAUGCAUUGAUUUUUUUUGUGAUGGAAGUUGUAAGCAAUUCAUGUACAGCAAAAAUUGUCCGUUACUGUGACCUGCGUUGUUAUUGCAAGCAAUAGCUCCUGAGCAUUUUUGUACAAACAUAGCAUUGGAUGUGGAGCUGCACACUUUACAUGGUUGAGCAGUUCUUUUAAUGUUUUCAAUCUGCUCUUAAAAAUGUUGACUAGGAACAGAUCUGAACAAUUGGAAAGGAAGUGAUCUGCCCUUGUUCCUCUCAGGAAUCGCCACUUAAAAGAGAUCAUUGCGCUCAGGAAUGACCACAUGCAGAGCUCAAUCUAUCUCCACUCCUAGAGUCUGACCCAAACCAAAACAGGAAAUCUUCACAUGCAACUUUACUGUCAUCUGUCCUUCUAGUAACUUUGGAAUCUUUGGUUAUUGUGUGACACUAACUUACAGAGAAUCCCGUGUAAAAGUUACUGUCUCAGAACGUGUAUCUUCAACAUCUGUGUUGUCUGCAUGGAAACAUCUAAAUGUCUUAGGUUCGGAAGGAUAUAUUUUGGCCAGAGCUAAAAAGAAUCAAGUCUGUACAGGAAUUUUUUUUAAGUUGUGAUGUAAUGCGUAUUUGGAUCACACUAUCUGCAAUGUAACUUCUACUAUGGUAAAACCAUCCUCAUCUUAGUCAAGUCCUGUUGUGGGUCUAACGCACAAAUGAGGCAAAUAGUUUCAUCCUGCAUAUUUAAAAAGGAUUGCAAAUAUAUUUCUGAUCCUUCAUGAUCAAGUCAAACCCUUUCACAUUAGGCAUUUAACUUGACACUUGUAUUAAGAACCUAGACCCUGUGUAGCUCCUGGAGAGAGAAACAUUCUGAAGUUAGGUACAUCAGAUCUUCAGCACUUACAUGAUAGGCAGAGUUUUAGUGACCUGUUUAAUGGUUUGACAAGAGAAUAUUUUGAUGUUAGUUUUUUCACUUGAUUCUUUCCACAGCAGCCACAUUAAGAAAAAUGUAUAAAGCAUUUAUCUUCUGAAAUUAUUUGUUGACCUUUGUAUUUCAUAUGACCAAGAAUAAAUAAUUCUUUCCAGGU